AUGAAAACGUAAGCCAUCACUCUUUUUCCCCUAAAAAUUUCAACUUUCAGCCCAUCUUUUCUAAAAAAGCGAAAAGUUCAAUAUGCGAUUCUAAUAACUGGAUUUCUUCUAACUCUCUCACUUUUUAUCGCAAUUUUAAUUGGUAGUGUUGGAGAUUUCAUAAAUCAUGAUAAUUUUAAACCAAUUUGUGAAACUGAAAAAUGUUUUGAAUUGGGAAAUCGAAUGGCAUUAUUAAUGGAUAAUUCAACUGAUCCAUGCAUUGAUUUUUAUAAAUUUAGCUGUGGAAAUUUUGAAAAAAAUGUGGAUCCUUCUGAAAAUUAUGGCACAGAAAUAUAUAACAAUCUAUUUAUUGAUCGAAAAAAUUUUACAAAAUAUUUGAAUUUCUCCACUUUUCAACCAAAAACAACUCCACAAAGAAUUGCGGCGGUUUUAUGGAAUAAAUGUGUGGAAACUAAAAGUGUUGAAAUUUAUGAGACUGAUAUUUGGAAAAAAUUGGAUUUGACUGAUAUUUUAUUGGAAAUGGCAAAAGUUUCGAUUGCGAAAACACAGUUUUUGAAAAACGAUAUUAUGGCGCUGGCUUUUCCCAAUGAACAAUUUAAAUUGUAUUUGAAAAUUGGAAGUGGAAUUGAGAAGGUAAGAGGAGCAAAAUUUGGGUCCAUCUUCAAAAAAUGUGGAAUUUUUACAGCGGAAUAGUUAGGCUAAAUUUCUAGAUAAAAAUCUGUUUUUUUUGCAGGAUUUCAAAACUGAAUACACGGCCUUUUACAACGCAAUUCAAGUUGAAGAAACUGAAAAAAGAGCAAAAUCCAAUGAUAAUUCAAUAUUUCCAUUCAAUUUUCUCAACAUCAAAAAAUAUAUGCUCAAAUUGCUCCCAAAUUAUUCACGCACAAAUACAAAUUGGGAAUUGAUAUAUUUUGUGAAUCAAUUAACAGCUCUUCAACAAAUUGUUAAUUCUAAAGGAGUUGCAGCAAUUCGAGAUGUUCUCAAAAAAUAUUAUGAUGAAAAACUCUCAAGUUAUGUUGUGGAAAAUAAAUUCAGUGGGAAAGAUAGGGAGGAAAAAUGUUUUAAAGUUGUUGAGAAAAUGUUUCCCGGAACUUUGGCCAUGAUUUUUGUGGAACAAUUUGUGCCAAAAGAGAAUUUGAAAAGAGCAAAUGAGAUUUUGGAUGAAGUGAAAAAUGUGUUUAAUGAAAUGAUUGAUGAAAAUAAUUGGAUGGAACAAGAAUUGAAAAAUAGAUUGAAAAAAGAAGCGAAUUUGAUAAAAUCAUCAAUUGGAAUACCGGAUGAAUAUAAAAAUAUGAAAAAUAUUGAGAAAAUGUAUGAAAAUAUUGAAAAAUCGAAGAAAGCAAAAGAUCAAACAUAUUUAGAACUUGUGAGAAAUUUAUUGAAAAUGAAUUCGGAAGAAACAUUUUUGAGAGUUGCCAGGAAAGAACAAAUCACUUAUGCGGGUCAACCUUUGCAUUUUUCGGCUAAUUAUUUUGGAGGAUCUCAUAGAGCUUGUGAGUUUUUAGAAUUGAUAGUAACUUCAGAACGCGAAAGCUUGACCAACAAAAAUUCGAUGAAUUUUGAGCCCUUUUUUAUCUAAAAGUUCUGAUCUACAGUACCCCUGAAAAAGGGUCGCAAAAAAUCCUGUAAAUCUUCAGCUACAGUAAAUCUAGAACUACCAUAAGAAUCCUCUACAGUAAUCCUCAAACUUCACCGCUCCGCCCAAAAAAAUCAAUAUUUCUAGCAAUGGCUCCAAUAUUUCUCAACUAUCCAUAUAUCGAUUUUGAUCUACCAAAUUGGAAUAUUUACGCAUCAUUUGCAUUUGUUCUUUCACACGAAGUUGGCCAUGCAUUUGAUGCACAUGCUUUCAAAUUAGAUCAAGAUUAUAAUAAAUAUCCGAUAAGUCCAAAAACUGAACAAGAAUUCAAAAAACGUGUUGAUUGUUUGAUUGAAAAAUAUAACAAAUUCAAAUUUUCGGAUGGAACAUUUUCAAAUGGAAAUCGAACGAAACAAGAAGAUACAGCUGAUAAAAUUGGAUUUGAAUUAGUUUCGAGAUUAUUUCGGAAAUUAUUGGAUGAGAAAAGACAACAAAGAUUACCGGUUAUUGAUCAAUAUACUGUGCAACAACAAUUUUAUCAGAGAUUGGCUUAUGUGGGUUUUUUUUAGAAGAAAGGGAGGGGUCCUUUCAAGGAGCCACGGCUUGUGAGCUAAUCUGACAAGCGAUCAUGCCUUUGCGGUCUCUGCGCCAAGGAUCAGCACCUUGAGAACCAUAUUAUCAGAUUUAUAGCUAGAUCCCAACUGUUUCCAGGAUUGGUGUAGUAAAGAAACUGUUGGAACAGAACUUGCACAGUAUAAAAACGAUGUUCAUAGUCUUGGAGAAUUUCGAGUUAAUGGAAUUAUGUCAAAUUCAGAUGGAUUUUCAGAAGCUUUUGGAUGUAAGAAAAAUACACCGAUGAAUCCAGAAAAUAAAUGCCAAUUGUAUUAG